AUGAGUUAGUCGAAGGGAGGAUGUACAUUAGCUGCGUUUGCUUCGACUGACGUUUGAUUUUUAGCAAAUUAUAAUGAUGGUAAACGCUUUUAGCUAACCUACAGCUAACAGACUACAGAUUUACACACCGUCUGUAGAUCAGAUUAACCGUUUUGAUCCGUUUGUUGUGAAGUUUUAACCCCGCAGGACUCACAGCUGCUGCUGAGCACCAGUGUUUUUGGACUCAUCCUCCAUAAAUAUGAUGGAGGAUUUCUCUGGUUUGGCUCUGCCUCCUCUGUUUGGAGGACACAUCCUGGAGGCGGAGCUGGAGCCUGGCGGUGUGGAGCUGGGACCCGGAGAGGUGGAGCUGGGACCAGGGGGCAACGAGCUGCUGGAGGAUACAGCACAGGAGGAUGAAGAGAGAAGAGCUCUUGAUAAGAGGAAAUAUCUGGCUCUGAACAGAAGAUGUAAAGAAAUUGAACAGGUAAAUCAGAAGAUUCUUGGUCGCCUUCAUCAAGUACAAAGAAUUACACGCCGCUUAAAGAAGGAGAGACGGUUUCUCAUGAAGACUUUAGAUGCUCAUGGGGACGACUACAGAAACGCUCAGCUUACUAUACUGCUCGAGGAUGAGCCUGGAGCCCAUUUAGAUCCUCCUGCUGGAGUGGAGGAUGAACGGCUCAAUGGUGUGUCUGGUUCCACUUUGUCUUCAGCGAUGCAUCAUGCUGCUGGACCGAAGAGGAGGAGGCACCGAAUACCACGGCAGGAAAAGGAUAAAGACCAGCAGACUGAAUCAGACAUGUCAGUGUUGGCAGAGACACAGUUUGGAGAAAUGCCCAGCCCAACCUCUCUGUCUCACUGAUCAGUGCGCUGCAGCCCUGGAUAUAACAAUGAUGAAGGAUCACCCAGUUUCUCUAACUGUUCAGUAGAUACUCUGCCUCUGCGCAGCCAGGUUUUUGCACUGUUUGUAGUCUUACUUGAAAAUUGCGAACACAUUGAAUUCAUGUAAAGUCAAAUGAGCUGUUAUUCCCCUGGUACAUACUGUAUAUGCAUUUGUUUUGUAUAUAUGACCUUAUGUUUUCAUAUUUUGUACUUAUAGUUUAUGGCAACGCAUAAUUAUGACCAGCGGCAAACUGUCGUGGAAAGCCUUGUUUGAUAAAUAUCUGGCAACCUAGAUGCAAAUAUCAUAGUGUUGUAAGUGUGUUUUUAAUAGCUUUCACAUCACAUUUCCAGAUACAUAUAUAAUUGACUUCAUUUAAUUUACACAGUAUGACAGUAACUGCUGAAAUUAACUAUUUGACUGUAUUAUGAAAUGUUUUAAUGUUUUAAAAUUUUUGAAUAAUUUUUUUACUUUGAAAAUUUCAAAAUGUUUGGAUAGGGCUGUCUUAUAUUUUAUUGUGUUUCCUAAUGCUCACCAGAAGCAGACAAAGAUUUCAUCACUUUCAUGUUCACAUCUGCAUUGGGGUGGAAAUAUAUUGCAAUUUAUUACCUUUUUCAACUGUAAAUAAUGUCUCUAAAGGAAAACAUCUGCUUUAAAGUACAAGAUAAAGUUUUAAAGAAUUUUUU